UGUUGUCGUGUACUUGAAAAAGGAGACUGUAUUAUCUGUAGAGAUUAAACAGUCGAGUGUUGUCUUUGAGUUUAGUUGUUAUUAAAAUUGUGUUUCACUCUUACGUACAACGGCGUACCGUUUCGUUAUUGUAUUCAGUAACCACAGAUAAUAAAACGAAGCAAUGCCGACGGUCAAGGUGUACUACUUCCAGCUGAAGGCGGUUGGUGAAAGCAUCCGAUUGCUUCUUGCUUACGGCAAGCAGGAGUUCGAGGAUUGCAGAAUUGCAAGGGAGGAUUGGCCGGAAUUAAAACCAACAAUGCCAUUCGGUCAAAUGCCGGUACUUGAGAUCGAUGGUAAGAAGUACGCGCAAAGCACCGCUAUCGCGCGCUACCUCGGCCACAAGUAUGGCCUCGCUGGCAAGGAUAUUGAAGAGGACUUCGAGAUCGACCAAAUUAUUGAAUUUUUUAAUGACAUUCGCAUAAAAGCAGCAUCAGCAUUCUACGAGACAGAUGAGAGUGCUAAGGCUAAAAAGCAAGAAGAAAAUGAAAAGAAUCAUUAUCCCUUUAUGCUGAAAAAGUUGGACGAAAUUAUCACUAAAAACAAUGGACAUAUGGCUCUUGGAAAGCUUACAUGGGCUGACUUCAUAUUCGCUGGCAUGUACGACUGUCUCAAGUUUAUACUUAAAGUAUCUGACAUAGACGAGAAGUAUCCGAGUUUCAAGAAACUGCAAGAUAAGGUUCUGGCUAUACCCAAAGUGAAGGCGUAUUGCGACAAAGCUCCCAAGGCUGAUUUUUAAAAGAAUAUGAUUUGAAAUGUAUUCCUUAAACAAAACAGUUAAAUAUUGUGUUACGCUAAAAUCUACAUCAAAAAUCUCCAAAUAUCCUAAAAUAAACUGCUAAAAGUCCUGUAUAAUAUGAACUAUCGCUCCUACGAAAAAUAUCUAUAGCACAACAAAAAUCUUAUCAAUAAAAUAAAUGUAUAAAUAGAAAACAUGCAAACAAUCAUGAAACAUCAUUAAUUCGUAAAAUAGUUACAAACACCACACAUUCACAAAUUACAUUCCAAUCUAAAACCCAUUCUCACCUUACUCGAAACCGACAUAAAAUCGAAUUACCCAAAUUCCGAACUAAGGCAUGGCACAAAAACUAUAUUAUAUAAAUGCAAAUUAAUUAAAAAAAUUAAAUUAAAUUAAAUUCAAGAAAAGUUAUUUACUGGCACAAAAUGUAGACUUAUAAGUCAUGGUAUAUAUUUAAUGUUAUUUCCUAAGUUUAAGUGGACUUUGUUCUUUUUUUAGGAAAUAAAUGUCUUAAACCUUAAA